GAGAGCGAGCUGUGAGCUGUGCUGCCGCCGCCGCUGCCCUUUGAUCCCGACAUUAGUGUUAGGGGCUCGGAGACACAGAGCGCGGCCAUAGACACCGACGCACCGGCACUCAUUUAUUUAUACCUCCCAUCACACACGCGAGCAUAGGACACACACACACUCACACCUAUUAGAUCCUUUUCCAUUGAAGAAUAUUACGCUCGGGGACAAGCCAGGUGCACGACCAAAAAAUUAAAAAAAAAAAAAAAAAAGGAAAAAAAAAAAAAAGAAAGGAAAGAAAAGAAGAAAACCCCUCUUCUGGCUCCAGGAAACAAGCUUCAACCCAUUGCACACACCGGAGAGAAGGGGUUUCCCCCUGCCCGCCCGCGCGCCCCCCAACUACCUCCCCUCUCCUGCCAGUGUCUGCCUCUCUGCCCCCACGGGGGUUUAUUUGAUCUCACAUUAACCAAGGAGGAGAAUGUGAGAAAAGGGGGAAAAUGCCCAGGAGGAAGCAGGAGCAGCCCAAGCGCCUUCCCUCACAUAUUAGUAGGCAGGACGAGGCGGAGGGAGAACUCAGUGAAGGAGAACACUGGUAUGGGAACUCUUCAGAGACGCCGUCGGAAGCAUCCUAUGGAGAAGUCCAGGAGAACUAUAAGCUGUCCCUGGAGGACCGGAUCCAGGAGCAGUCCACUUCCCCCGACACCUCCUUGGGAAGCGGGACCCCCAGCAGUCACACGUUGGAGCUGGUGGCACUGGACGGUGAGGUCCUGCGAGACCCACUGCAGUGUCCAGAUCACCUCUCCCCCGGCGUGUCUUCUUUGUGUGAUGAUGAUCCCGCGGGCUCCACCAAGCCCUUGAGCAGCAACUUGAGGCGGCUGCUAGAGGCCGGGUCCCUCAAACUCGAUGCCACAGCCACGGCCAAUGGCAGGGUGGAGUCCCCAGUCAACGUCGGCUCGAAUCUCUCCUUUUCCCCACCGUCCCACCAUGCCCAGCAGCUCAGCGUGCUGGCCAGGAAGCUGGCUGAGAAGCAGGAACAGAAUGACCAAUACACUCCAAGUAACCGUUUCCUAUGGAAUCAAGGUAAGUGGUUGCCAAACUCAACCACCACCUGCGGCUUGUCCCCGGAUUCAGCCAUCCUCAAACUGAAAGCUGCAGCCAAUGCUGUUCUGCAGGACAAAUCGCUGACCAGGACGGAGGAGACCACGCGAUUUGAGUCCUUUUCCUCCCCUUUCAGCUCCCAGUCUGCCAGCUCCACCUUGGCAGCUUUAUCCAAGAAAGUCAGCGAGAGAAGCUUGACUCCUGGCCAGGAACACCCACCCCCGGCCAGCUCUUUCCUUUCCCUGGCUUCCAUGACCUCCUCGGCGGCCCUUCUGAAAGAGGUCGCAGCAAGGGCUGCCGGGACCCUUCUGGCUGAGAAAUCAUCACUGGUGCCUGAGGACCCUCUCCCGCCACCGCCUUCAGAGAAGAAGCAAGACAAAGUGACCCCGCCGCCACCUCCGCCACCUCCGCCACCUCCGCCACAAUCCUUGGAAUUAUUGUUACUCCCAGUUCCUAAGGGAAGAGUGUCUAAACCCUCCAACUCAGCCUCAGAAGAGGAAAGCGGAAAGCCUUUCCAGUGCCCCAUAUGUGGUUUGGUUAUAAAAAGGAAGAGUUACUGGAAGCGGCACAUGGUGAUUCACACAGGUUUAAAAAGUCAUCAGUGUCCGCUCUGUCCAUUCCGGUGUGCUCGCAAGGACAAUCUCAAAUCCCACAUGAAGGUUCAUCAGCACCAGGACCGGGGAGAGACCUUUCAGUGCCAGCUCUGCCCUUUCACUUCCUCCCGUCACUUCAGCCUGAAACUCCACAUGCGCUGCCACCAGCACUUCCUGAGGACAGAAGCCAAGGUGAAGGAGGAGAUCCCAGACCCCGAUGUCAAGGGAUCUCCCCACCUCAGUGACAGUACCUGCCUGGGGCAGCAAAGGGAAGGAGGAGGGACAGAGCUAGUGGGGACCAUGAUGAAGUCCAGCACUCCAGAGAGGACUAGCCAGGGUGGGGCUGGCGUCUCGCCUUUGCUGGUGAAGGAGGAGCCCAAGGAAGAUAAUGGCCUGCCAACCUCCUUUACUCUGAAUGCUACCGACAGGCCGGCCAACCACACGAAGCUGAGAGAGCCCUCCGAGUACGCAGCCAACAGCGCGUCCGCAUUGUUCAGCCAGGACAUCUCUGUAAAGAUGGCGUCUGAUUUUCUCAUGAAGCUGUCAGCUGCAAAUCAGAAGGAGCCCAUGAAUCUUAAUUUUAAAGUGAAAGAGGAACCUAAGGAAGAGGAGGCUCUAAGUGCCACGUUGCCUCGGUCCAACUAUGUGUUCAGCCCCGAGUCUGAAGUGCCAGCCCCAAGCGUCUCUGAGGACACACUUAAGCCCCAGGAAGCAAAGGGCAACGUACUAAGGCGGGAUAUGUCAGUCAAAGCAGCAUCUGAACUUCUCAUGAAACUAUCAGCGGAAAGCUACAAGGACACUCAGAUGGUGAAGAUUAAAGAGGAACCCAUGGAGGUGGACAUCCAGGACCCGCAGGCCUCAGUAUCACCCAGCCGCAGUGUUGGCUAUAGCACUUUAAUUGGGCGAGAGAAAACUGAACCCUUACAGAAGAUGCCAGAAGGCAGAGUGCCCCCAGAGAGAAACCUCUUCAGUCAAGACAUCUCUGUGAAGAUGGCGUCCGAGCUUCUUUUUCAACUGUCAGAGAAGGUGAGCAAAGAACACACUCACACGAAAGAAAACACCAUCCGGACGACCACCAGCCCUUUCUUUUCAGAAGAUACAUUUAGACAAUCACCAUUCACCUCCAAUUCAAAAGACCUGCUGCCCAGUGAAUCUGUGCUUCACGGAAGAAUAUCAGCUCCAGAAACAGAAAAGAUAGUCCUGGAGGCAGGAAAUGGGUUGCCCUCUUGGAAAUUCAACGACCAGCUUUUUCCCUGUGACGUGUGUGGGAAAGUAUUUGGCCGACAGCAGACAUUGUCCCGACAUCUGUCUCUGCACACAGAGGAAAGAAAAUACAAAUGCCACUUGUGCCCCUAUGCUGCUAAGUGCCGUGCAAACCUGAACCAGCACCUGACCGUCCAUUCGGUGAAGCUGGUGAGUACGGACACCGAGGACAUCGUCAGCGCCGUCACCUCUGAAGGCAGUGAUGGGAAGAAGCACCCUUAUUAUUACAGCUGUCACGUGUGCGGAUUUGAGACGGAGCUCAACGUCCAGUUUGUCAGCCACAUGUCACUCCACGUCGACAAGGAGCAGUGGAUGUUUUCCAUCUGCUGUACGGCCUGCGACUUCGUCACCAUGGAGGAGACGGAGAUAAAGGCGCACAUCGGCACCAAGCACACAGGGGAAGACAGGAAGACCCCCAGUGAAUCAAACAGCCCCUCUUCAUCCUCCCUCUCAGCUCUGAGUGAUUCAGCCAACAGCAAAGACGAUUCAGACAGCUCCCAGAAAAACAAGAGCGGAAACAACCUGCUGGUCAUCUCUGUCGUGCCUGGGAGCCAGCCCUCACUGAAUAGUGAGGAAAAGCCAGAGAAAGGGUUCGAAUGCGUUUUUUGCAACUUUGUCUGCAAGACGAAGAACAUGUUUGAGCGCCAUCUGCAGAUCCACCUCAUCACCCGGAUGUUUGAGUGUGACGUGUGCCACAAGUUCAUGAAGACCCCCGAACAGCUGCUGGAGCAUAAGAAAUGCCACACUGUCCCCACCGGUGGGCUCAAGUGCCCAUUCUGCAUUUAUUCCACCAACCGCCCCGCCGCCAUGGAGUGCCACCUCAAGACCCACUACAAGAUGGAGUACAAGUGCCGGAUCUGCCAGACGGUGAAGGCCAACCAGCUGGAGCUGGAGACGCACAGCCGCGAGCAUCGCCUCGGCAACCACUACAAGUGCGACCAGUGCGGCUACCUGUCCAAGACCGCCAACAAGCUCAUCGAGCACGUGCGCGUGCACACCGGGGAGCGGCCCUUCCACUGUGACCAGUGCAGCUACAGCUGCAAACGCAAGGACAAUCUCAACCUGCACAAGAAGCUGAAGCACGCCCCGCGCCAGACCUUCAGCUGCGGAGAGUGCCUGUUCAAGACCACUCACCCCUUCGUCUUCAGCCGCCACGUCAAGAAGCACCAGAGCGCGGACAGCCCCGAGGAGGACAAGAAGGGCCCGGCUCCGGCCCCCAAGGAAGCCGCCGGCCCCGGGGCCCCGCUCCUCGUGGUCGGCAGCGCCCGCCACCUCCUGUCUCCCCUGUCGGUCAUGUCCGCCUCCCAGGCUCUGCAGACCGUGGCCCUGUCGGCCGCCCACGGCGGUGGCGGCGGCGGCGGUGGCGGCGGCGGCGGCUCCGAGCCCAACUUGGCACUCAAGGCCUUGCCCUUGAAUGGCUCCCCUUUGCGCUUUGACAAGUACCGGAACUCGGAUUUCGCCCAUCUCAUUCCCUUGACGAUGUUAUACCCCAAGAACCAGUUGGAUCUCACAUUCCACCCUCCCCGACCUCAGACUGCGCCGCCCAGCAUCCCGUCCCCCAAACACUCCUUCCUCGCCUAUCUCGGACUGAGAGAGAGAGCGGAGACUGUCUGAGGGCAGCCGGGCUCUGUACCAAAAACCAAGAGACAGAGACAAAAACACAAAACUCACAGAACUUAAACACAACCCCAGCAGGUGUACGUUGCUGCAAAACCUACAGACCCGCCCAGGUCUGACCACGUGUACUGUAUCUCUUUAGUGAGGAAUAGAGAAUUGGCUCUGUGUGUGUACCUAUUGCAUUGACCUGAAAGCUGCUUUAUCCAAUCUUCGGAGAGGUGACCUACUGCCUCCGUCUACCUUCAGAGGCAUGUCUCCCCAGCCACACACUCCCACCCUCAGCCCUUCCCCGUCCUUUGAAAGGAAAUUCGUCUUGUUAAACCCUAAAGAGAGUGUCCUUAAUAGCAAUCAGCACUCGUAAGCUUCUGUACCGGUGCAUUUUGUUUUCUGUUGGGUGAAUGGGGCGUGUGGGCGUUUGUGGAUUUGGAAAGAGACAGCCGUGUGUCGUGUGCCAUAACAUUUGCACAUUCUUCGUACUGGCUUCUUUCACAGGGAGGAACGUUCUUUGCCCUCCUGGGUUGUUCAUCCACGGCAGUCGCUCCCCGAGCUCCUUCAUUACCUUUCCCCCUCUAUUUUGUGGCUACAGAGUGGUAGGGCCUGGUGCUUAGGCGAUGAAGGAAUGGUAGACAUCUCAGUGCUGCCUGAGAUUUCCGACAGAGUCCUGGAGACCUUUUGCUCGCAUCUCUGGUUAUGAAGAUGCGAGCAGCUGAGAGCCCCAUCUGGAAGAAAUAGCUUGCAGCGCUGCAGCCAACAACACAACACUUAACUGUGUUUUGUGUGUGUGUCCAUACGUAUGCAGUGUGUAUGGUACACACACACAGUGCAUCAUUUUUUUAAGGGCAGAUUAUAUAUAUAUAUGUAUGUGAUGUAUUAAGUCAGUGGUUACCAUUUGUUUGCAGGAAAAGAAAAAUUGUAUGAGUGAAAAAUUUUAUGGUUGAUAAAUCCAGCCAAGGAGAUUAAAAGGGGUUUGGAUAAAUUCUGGGUAUAAAUGCUCAGACUAAAAAA